AUGAGGAGUGAUGCUGUGAGACUAUUUUGUUCCGGUAGUAACUUAUAUCAAAUUAGAGCCAGCUGCUUAUGGGAUAAGGUUCGAAGCAGGAGUGAGAAGGUUCCCUGGCAUCGCCUUGUGUGGUUUCCUGGCCACAUUCCAAAUUUUUCACUGAUCUCUUGGAUGGCAAUCUUGGAUAGAUUGCCUACUAAGAACAGGUUAGCCAGGUUUGGUAUUGUUACAAACAGUGUUUGUAGACUGUGUAGCUCUGGCCUUGAGUCUCGAAGUCACCUCUUCUCUGAAUGCUCUUAUGCAAGUGAAGCUUGGUGUGCUAUCUUGCUGCUAUGUGGACUUUACCAUGUACCUACUGGUUGGAACGAUCUUCUGCAUUGGUUAUUGCUAAACCUGAAAGGUAAAUCAUUGCUGGUGCAUAUCCUCAAGUUGGGUUGGACUGACUUUAUCUAUUGCAUUUGGGAGGAACGGAAUCGUAGACACUUUAGAGGGAUGCAUUGCUCGGUUGACACAGUUAUUGGUAGCGUUAAAGAAUCAUGA